GAAAUAUACCAAAUACCGUAGCUAUACUGUUGCGUUAUCGAUAGGCGAUAACAGGUACGAGUUAAGCUGCAAAUGUAUACAAUUGCAUAUAAUAUCUGGAAUUUGUGAAAACCGGAGCGCGAUUACCCACAACGAGGACGACGGAGGAUCCUUCCGGCGUGUGAUGAAUUAAUGCUAAAGUCGAUCAGCGGAGGCGUUGGCGUGGCAUCCACGGAAAGAGGCGGUGGCGGAGGAGGCGUCGGAGGAGGUGGAGCAGGAGGAAGCGCCUCUGGGAGCAGGAGUACCAGCGGAAGCGGGCGCGCUAGCUGUGGGCUGGGCUCCAGUUCGAUAUCCAGUGGAUUGAGUGCGGUGUGCGGAUUUGUGACCGGAGCUAGUGGCGGAGGUGGAUUUGAGCGGGAUCGCGACAGGGACAGAGGAUUAGCCAACAGCAGCGGUGGCAGCACUCCUGCCGGGAUCCUCUAUUGCCCCGCCUGUAUGGCAGCUGCCAAUCAGCAGAGUCCCAGCCAGAAUUCGAGUCCGCACCACGAGAGUUUCUUCUUACGCAGCUCCUUCAAGUCGAGCAAACGGAACAAGGCCAGGAAAAGCGCCUCCACCGCCGGCUGCUUAGACGCCCAGCACAUACGGGCAAAUCUCCGAAUGUCCAUGUCCAGUUCAAUGAGAGGCUCUAGAGGGAAUAGCGGUGCUGGAGCGGCCUCUUCGCAUCCUCCGGGCAGCAGCUGCAGCAGCGGACCAGGAGGAUCGGGAUGCAGUAUGGCAUAUGACGCGGCAAGCAAUGCCAGCAGUGGAAGUGGCAGUGGAAGCGGAAAGGCCACUUCCCCGGGCAGCUACAGCUGCAAUGCCCUGAACGUGGACUUCACCUCCUACACGGCCACGCAUCAGUGGACCAGGAUGCUCGAAUGCGCCGAGUUCGUGGGCGCCAAGCGAAGCAAGCACACCGUGGUGGCCUACAAGGAUGCGAUGUUUGUAUUCGGAGGCGACAACGGCAAGAACAUGCUGAACGACCUGAUUCGCUUCGGCGUUAAGGACAAGUCAUGGGGCCGCGCAUGUGCAACAGGAACUCCACCUGCUCCGCGAUACCACCACUCGGCGGUGGUGGCCGGCAGCUCAAUGUUCAUCUUUGGGGGCUACACCGGCGACAUUCACUCCAACUCAAACUUGACCAACAAGAACGAUCUGUUCGAAUACAAGUUCCAGAGCGCCAUGUGGGUGGAAUGGAAGUUCUCCGGACGCCAGCCGGUUCCUCGAUCCGCUCACGGAGCAGCCGUAUAUGACAACAAAAUGUGGAUCUAUGCGGGCUACGAUGGCAAUGCUCGGCUGAAUGACAUGUGGACGCUAAACCUCACCGAUGAAAAUCAGUGGGAGGAGGUGGAUCAGCUGGGCGAUCGUCCGCCCACCUGCUGCAAUUUCCCGGUGGCUGUGGCCAGGGACGCCAUGUACGUCUUUUCGGGGCAGAGUGGCUUGCAGAUAACGAACUCGCUCUUUGAGUUCCACUUCAAAACGCGCACUUGGCGACGCAUUUCCAAUGAGCCCGUCUUGCGAGGCGCUACCUCAGCUCCGCCCUCGCGACGCUAUGGCCACACGAUGGUGCAUCACGAUCGGUUCCUGUAUGUCUUCGGGGGAUCGGCGGACUCAACGCUGCCCAACGAUCUACACUGCUACGACCUAGACUCGCAGGUCUGGUCCGUCAUCUUGCCGGAACAGAAUUCGGAUGUGCCUUCGGGUAGGGUGUUCCACGCCUCGGCCGUCAUCUGCGAUGCCAUGUAUAUAUUUGGCGGAACCGUGGACAAUAGUGUGAGAAGGGGCGACACCUAUCGCUUCCAGUUCUCGUCGUACCCGAAGUGCACGCUGCGCGAUGACUUCGGAAAAUUCUUCCAGGACAAACAGUUCUGCGAUAUUCAGUUUAUUGUCGGAGCGGAGGAGAUUCGCAUACUAGCACACAUCGCCUUUGUGGCGGCACGCUCGAAGUAUCUGAGGAACAAAAUUUUGGCUGCCCGGGAGGCACGCCAGCAGCAGAUGGAGAAGGUCUACGGGGUGGGCCAGGUAGAUGCAUUGGCUCUGAAUGCGGGCGCGGGCGGGGACCGCGGGCCCAUGUUGGAGGUGCGACUGGCCAACGCCUCCCCCGAGGCCUUUGAAAUCAUAUUGAAUUACAUUUACACCGAUCGCAUUGACUUGAAGGACACGUACAGCAAGAACAUCAUCAUUCUGAUCACAGAUAUUUACCAACUUGCCGGUUUGUUCACCAUGCCGCGGCUGGCCCACGGCUGUAUCCAGUAUUUGGACUACAAGAUUAACAAGCUCAACGUGCUGGAGGCGCUCUACAAUGCGGAUAAGAGCAACAUUAAGAUCAUUAAGGAUCACUGCAUGCAGUUCAUCAUCAAGGAGGAGAACUUCACAGACGUGGUCAUGUCUAGUGAGUUUAGCGAUUUGGACAAGCCUCUGCUGGUCGAGAUCAUCCGCAAGCGCCUAUAUCCCAGCAAGCUGGUGAUAGAUACCAGCUAUGAAGGCAAUAUAGGAACCACUUUGGAGAUCGAUCUGUGUGCCUUUUUGGAGUCCACUGGUAACGAUUUCUGCGACAUUAGCCUUGUGCUGGAAGAUCACGUGAUACCAGCCCACAAAUCUGUGUUGUCAUCGCGCUGCACCUACUUUCAGGGCAUGUUCCGAUCCUUUAUGCCACCGGACAACACAGUCAAUAUCCAAAUUGGCGAGAUUUCUCCCUCGCUUGAGGCGUUCCACUCCCUGCUGCGCUACAUCUACUACGGCGAGACGAAGAUGCCGCCGCAGGAUGCACUUUAUCUCUUCCAGGCGCCGUGCUUCUAUGGUCUUGCCAACAAUCGGCUCCACGCAUUCUGCAAAUACUCUCUUGAGCACAACAUUACGUUCGAGAACGUGCUGCAGACGCUGGAGGCUUCGGACAUCACAAAGAUCUAUGAUAUUAAGGAGUACGCUCUCAAGCUGAUCGUCAAGGACUUUGCGAAGGUCGCAAGGCUGCCGAAAAUAGCCGGCUUGUCGCGCGAACUGUUGCUGGAGAUCAUACGCGCUGUGGCCGAUUCGCACGGCGAGUUUCUCACGCGGAUCAAUAUCAAUACAGAUAUCUGAAAACUGGUGCUGCUCCAGCCGGCAUUGCAGUUGUUGCUCGCCUGGUUGCAAAUCGGACGUAGCACGUAAUGCGGCAGUAGCGGUUGGCAGCGCCGAAUCACAUCCAUUUAUCAUUAACCGAUCCAUCUCCCAUCGAUCGUCGCACCCAUGCAUCUGGUCAGAUAUGCAUUGAGAUAUUGCAUCAGAAAGAGAGAGACGAAGCGAUCGCGACUCAUGCAGAACGGAUGUAUUGCUAUUGUUCUUAAAUGGGACGAGCGAUGGACGAGCCACUAGCAGGCGCGCUUUGAGUGAAUUACUGCAGAGUUUGCAUCGCGCAUGCUGCCUCAUAUAUAUAAACCCCCUAUAUGCACACAGUAUUAACCAAGAAUGCACCUCCAAUCGGUUCAAAUGAUAUCGCAUUGGGCUUCUCUGUCUCGAAACUAUAGGUUUUGUUAAAACACUUGAUCUUUAAACCUUAUAGCUACACUUUACCAAUUGGAUACCAAUUUUCCCUCCUAAGCAUCUAGAAGUGAACUUUGCAAUCAGACCCAGAACAAACGCGAGCAACAAAACAAUAUAAUUGCAGUCAGGGAGGUACACCGUCUUUGCUCCGAGAGGUUUAAGGGCCGAAUGGACCUUAAGUCACGAAGAUUGAACACACCCCUGCUUUAACCUGAUGAAUCCGACUAAGUCCGUACAAAGUUGUAUAUGUUGCAAAUAUACAAAUUUGAAUACCCUUGCGAAACUAGCAUGUGCUAAACUGUUUGUAGUCGAAAACCGAAUGUCUAAACUCUUUAUAAUACUAACAUUUGGUAUGCAGAUAACUUAUUUUGCAAGGGUCAUAGGCUAAUAGUCUCCGAAGUCCGAAGGUCUUCCCUUCAUGUUAUACUAAUACCCAAGUACAACUUACUAGUUGAUAUAGAUCUUAAUCUACUCGUUUUAAUUCGUAUUUAACUAUAUACAUAUAUAUAUAUACAUACAUAUAUAUAUAUGAAAGCAGUAAACUGAAUGUUAUAAGCUAAGGAACCAUUAAAGCAUCUGACACAUCAUCCACGUGAAAAAUCACCCCUAGAAAGGAACUCAAAGUUAACGUAUUUGCCAAAUUUGGAUACGAUUGUUUGAAUUUACUAUAGCGUUGUGUUUUUACUGAUUUGCCGAAAGUUCUUUCGCCUUCGAAUAUAUAUUUUAAUUCUUAUUUCCGAAAUUGUGAUAAAUCAGUUUAUUUAUGAUUGCAUUGUGACUAUUUUUAAGCAAUAUUUAAAAAUCUUGGGUUCAUUUCGAAUAUUUCCGUUAUAUUUUCGUCUUUCGUUUUAGUUGCUGUGUUCGCUAUAUGUCGAGAAUUCAGAAUAAACAAUAUUAUUAUACACA